CAGUGAGCCGAACCUAACGAAGUCUCCUCGCUCAUUAGAAUUCACCUCAGUGCGCCUCGUCGUCCACAAGAGGUCAGACGCAAACAGCACAAGUCAUAAACUCGAGUGGGGCCGCCAAUACGUCAGCUUUGACAAGCGCGGGCAGCGAUCUUGACGAUGACAGUCAAAGAUGCUCGACAAGCGUUUAAAUGCCGGCGCGGUGGCGUGCUGACAAAAUCUGACCUGCUUGUGAGGCGUGAAGUGGGCCCGCCCGGCACGCCUUCCCCUUCCCCGUCCACGGCGUCACUCCAACAAGUCUCGUGCCUCGGAUCCCAACACUGACCUGCUCCGUGGAAGCUGCAACAUGAUCCACGUUCUUCUCCCCUGAUUCUUUGCGCCCACUCUCGGACUUCUUCCUCUUUUUUCUCUCUCUCUCUCUCUCUCUCUCUCUCGUUUCCUGCCUUCUUCUCUCACUUCACCCCCACUCGCAGUUGUGGAUCUCUUGAGUGGGGGGGUGGGGGGGCUGGCUGGCUUGCCUGAGCACUUUCCCCCCCACGCUGGCGCAAGGAUGGCCACCGCGAGGCUCGACUAUGUGGCUCCGUGGUGGACUUACUGGCUGCACAAUUUCCCCCACUUGGACUUGUCGCUCAAGCCCGUGGACAGCGCGUUCAGACCGGCCCAAGGCGACUACCAGCAGUCUGUGGUGGUCCUGGCCUGCGUCGGAGCGGCGGGCCUCGGUCUGAGCCUGCUGGUUUUGCUGGUUUUCUUUCUGUGCCUGUGCUGCUGCCGAAGGGACGUGGACGAAGACUCCAAAAGGCCCGAGAGGAGCUGCUGUGUGACGUGGUCAGCUGUCGUCGCCGGCCUCAUCAUAUGUUCUGCGGUGGGAGUGGGUUUCUAUGGGAACAGCGAGACCAAUGACGGCGUGUACCAGUUAACCUACUCCGUCUACAACGCCAAUCGUACUUUGGGCCGCAUAAACAGCCUGUCCUCGGGGUCUCUGGGAAACGCGGAAACGGGACUCAAGCAGCACCUGGAGCGCCUGGACGAGAUCUUUGCGGCGCGGCCCGACUACCUUCAGGCUCUGCGCUUCAUGCAGCUGAUGGUGAACAACGUCAUCCGGGAGCUGACGGCCCUGCCGGACCUCGGCAGAGCCAACGUGGACCUGGCCGGCGCCGCGGACCGAACGGCCUUCGUCGAGUAUUACAGAUGGCUGACCUACCUGCUCCUGCUGAUUCUGGAUCUGCUCAUAUGUCUGGCCGUGUGCUUGGGAAUGGCCAAGCAGUCUCGAUGGCUGCUCAUCAUGAUCCUGACCUUUGUGCUGCUGUCUGUGAUCCUGAGCUGGGCCUCACUGGGCGCCAGCUUAGCUACGGCUGUGGGCACGAGCGACUUCUGCGUAUCUCCUGACAAGUUCGUCGUGAACCAAACCAAAGAUUUCCUCAGUGCAGGUGUUGCUCACUACUAUUUGUUCUGCAGUCCGAAUCUGCCCAACCCCUUCCAACAGUCUUUGACGAUCUGCCAGCGCUCGCUGACCACAAUGCAGAUCCAGGUCCAGGGUUUGCUGCAGUUUUCUGUGCCAGUCUUCCCCACCGCUGAGAGAGACCUUUUGGGUAUCCAGCGCCUGUUGAACACCAGCGAGUUUAAUCUGCACCAGCUGACAGCCUUGCUCGAUUGUCGCGGGCUGCACAAGGACUACCUUGAUGCCCUCUUGGGCGUGUGCUACGACGGCGUGGAAGGGCUCCUCUACCUGGCUUUGUUCUCCGUGCUGGCGGCGUGCGCACUCUCCGCCAUGCUGUGUGCUAUUUUCAGAGCCUGGACGCUAAUGGGCAGCAGGGACAAAGAGUACGACGACAUCGACGAGGAGGACCCGUUCAACCCUCAAGCGCGACGCAUGUCCCACAACUCGAGGAGGUCCAACAUCCACAGCUUCUGCAGCUACGCCAGCAGCGUCGGCAGUCAGGCCAGCGUCCAUCCUCCGCCUCAGGCGGCCGCCAGUGUGCUGCCUGCCCCCGAGUACAUGAAUCAGUCCAUGCUGUUUGGCGGGAGCCCUCGAUACGAAAACGUGCCGUUGAUAGGCAGAGGAUCCCCGCCCCCGUCGCGCUCGGUCCUUCCCCAACUUGCAUGCGCCGCUAAAAGCUUCAGCUCGCUCGCCAUUUACUCGGCCGGUAUGAGGACCACGUACUUGUCUAUGACCGAGGCCCAGAUCCGACACUUUGGCACGGACUUCCAGGUGUAGCGACCACGCAAACGUGCGUCCGUCCCGUUUUCCUCAGCCUGAACUCUGCUGGCUAUGUGAGGCGUCUACCUCAGUAACACACAUCAGCAGGUGUGUGUAUGCGUGCGUGUCCUCGGUUGAAUUGUAUGACCAUCAAUUUUUGUGAGGCAAGUUAAACCUGGUGUUUGUUUUCUUUUUUUAAUCUUUUUUUUGUAGUUCUAUAAUUCAGUAGCACGCAUGAGUUUGAUUGAGCAUGUGCUUAAAUGAGCAGCCUGAAAAUUCAUGUUUGCCACAUCCCUUCAAAAUGGAGUUACUAUAAUUCCAUAUAAGACCAAGGAGGUCACAACAUAACCUGAUUGCUGUACCGGGGUGGGGGGGGACAAGUCUAUAAUUAUGUAUUUCCGCAAUGAUAUUUCUCACAGUCAUUUGAUUGUUCUUCCUGUGCCUGCGUGGCUUUUCUCCAGGCACUCCGGUUUCCUCCCACAUCCCAAAAAACAUGCAACAUUAAUUGGACACUCUAAAUUGCCCAUAGGUGUGAUCGUCAGUGCGGCUGUUUGUCUCUAUGUGGCCUGCGAUUGGCUGGCGACCAGUUCAGGGUGUACCCCGCCUCCUGCCUGUGGACAGCUGGGAUAGGCUCCAGCACUCCCCGCGACCCUUGUGAGGAUUAGCGGCAGAAGAAAAUGUAUGGAUGGAUUUUUAGGAAACAAAAUUAUUACAAACGGCCAUCAUCAGUUCGUUGAUUAAGGAUUCUGGCUCGUGUGUGGAAUUGAAUUUUGAAACGAGAUUUGAACCCAGAGGCUCUCACUCGAUGCUGCCCUUGAGCAAACGUAAUGAUCACAAUGGAUACUGGAUUUGAAUACUCUUAAGGCAGCAGGAUGGGCAGCUGACAUUCAGAGAAAUUCUCUUCUUCUUUUCAAACAGCUCUUGUUUUGGAGAACAUGCAAUAAAUAAUGUGUAUAUGAUGAGAAUAUGGCCUCUUCUGAAAAUGGUUUUAUUUUGCAUGUGCAAAGUUUGGGUAGACUUAAAAAAAAAAAAAAAAAAGCAUGACAGAACAGGUUGGACUAUCAUUGUGUUAGUCAUAUUUCAUCUUUGAACUGCAAAGCACAAUCACUUGUUGACAUAUAAUUAUGCAGCCAUUUUUUUCAUGAGAACAUGUCCA